UGCACGAGGGUCAUGCGCUUUAUUGUUGUUAAAGCAUGUCUCUGAGCCAAACCCCGGCGUAGCAUCUACAUUCGUCGUGCCGUACACCUCAGUGGAAAUCUCGGAAAAGAUAUGACUUGGUCCUGAGGGAAAACAGAAAACAUAAUCCGUUCAUCUAAAUUUGGUGGCCAUCCCUCCCUCUCCUCGCGUCUAUCCUGCUCUCACUUUCAUCAACAGCGCGGUGCGCGCAGCACGUGCCCGUUACGCACUCUCUCCGUCUACAUCGCUCAGCUUCUUGGACUCUAUAAUACGUCACGGACAUUUGGGACAGUCUUGAAAUGACCGAACUACGGGCACGACUUUGAAUUCAUCUCUCACGGACCGGCUCCGCUCCUCCCCAAAGAACCGGAAUGAGCAUCGCGCUCCGGAGCUGGAAAACCGGGCAUGUCGUUUACUUCUAAACAUUUCUGCUGUGUGCUUAGACAAGAAAACUUGAGUUAUGGGAUGCUUUGGGCUUUUUUGUGUGCCGCUGGAUGUAUUCCAAAACUUUUAAAUAAUUAAUUCGCACGUUAGCGUCUCACCAUGAAGUGCUCAUUGUCCAGUUACGAUUUAAGAUGAAAACUGAGUUUAAAUAUUCAUAUCAAUGUGGAGUCAGGGCUUUAAUGAACGUGUCUUUGUUAUUAGUGUAGUGACCUUAAAUUAACAGUAAUAAUAUGUAGACGUGCUCUAUGAGGCUUUUCAACUAUUUCACCUGAGUAAGCCACGUUUAGCCUAUUCACUUGCAGGUUGUUAGAAUGAGCAUGUUGUCUUUUUAAAGGGAUUAAAUGUAUUUAAGUUUAAUUAGUAAUUGACUUAAAUGUCCUAAUACGUUAUUUUCUUAUUUUGCUGAUUACAACAAUAAUUUUUUGUUUGGAAGUGAUUGAUAGAGUGCGUUUUAUUGUAAAGGCUAUUAGAGAUCGGUUUUUUAACCAGUGUUCACACUUUUCUACUUAAUCGGUUAUCGGUUGUUUAACAUCGAGUCCACAGAUAAAUUCCAGUAGGUCUCUAAAAAUAGCGUUCAUUUUUAUGGUUAUUUGCAUAAAUUAUUCAGCUUUGUAUGUAACAGAUAUUAAUUCUUAAUUGAAGUGUUCAUAUAUUUUGUUUGUCAAGAUUAAGUUUGAAUUUUAAUUUAAAUGGUGAUCUUUGCAACUAAACUUAAGGAAGCAUAUUAUUGUUAAUAAUAAUACAAAAUCACAGUAUGAAUUAUUAUUAAUUACAUUAUUAUUUAAAAUAAUGUAUUUUAUUGUAGUAUGAUAAUUAUUUAGCUAUCGUUGUGUUAGAAAUUUGAAAUAUAAUUAAAAACCAGUUCUGCAAAUCAGCUGUAGGACACUUAAACAAAUACAAAUAAUAAUUUUCAGUCACUGGGGAAAAAAACAAUAUAUCGGUUAAUCUCUGCUGUAAAUGGUGCACUAGUUUGCUUGUGUCAACACAAUAAUGUUGGGUAGCCCUUCAAAUAACGGAGGCAUUAGGAUGCUGGCCCCCCCUGCACCCAAUGAUGACAGGCGGGUUGAGUUUGUGGCUCUAACGGCUGUUCACACUGAAAGAAGCGAGCCGUCGACCCCAGAGCGCGGACACCCGUCUCACCGCACCGGCUUACUGGGCACACCGCUGCCGGUGCCACCGGGCCCGAGGGCGACCCCUUCUGCCUCAAGCAAACGCUACAGAAAGUUACAGAACUGCCUGUACAACGUGCUGGAGAGACCCAGAGGAUGGGCGUUCAUCUAUCAUGCCUUCAUUUUUCUCCUAGUGUUCAGCUGUCUGGUGCUUUCUGUUUUCUCCACCAUCCCAGACCAUCAAACAUUUGCCAACGAGGCGCUCUUCAUCCUGGAGUUUGUGAUGAUCGUGGUUUUUGGGCUGGAGUACUUUGUAAGGAUCUGGGCGGCCGGAUGCUGCUGUCGGUACAGAGGAUGGCAGGGUCGGCUACGGUUCGCCAGAAAGCCCUUCUGCGUCAUAGACUUCAUUGUCUUUGUGGCGUCGCUGGCAGUGAUAGCAGCGGGCACACAAGGAAACAUCUUCGCCACAUCUGCUCUGCGCAGCAUGCGUUUUCUGCAGAUCUUGCGCAUGGUGCGCAUGGACCGCCGGGGAGGAACCUGGAAGCUACUGGGCUCUGUGGUGUACGCUCACAGCAAGGAGCUGAUCACAGCCUGGUACAUUGGCUUCCUGAUACUGAUCUUUGCCUCAUUCUUGGUCUAUUUGGCUGAGAAGGAGGAUAACCAAGAGUUUUCCACUUAUGCUGACUCCCUCUGGUGGGGAACAAUCACCCUCACUACGAUUGGCUACGGUGACAAGACACCACACACCUGGCAAGGUCGGCUUUUAGCGGCUUGUUUUGCCCUGCUGGGGGUGUCCUUCUUUGCCCUGCCAGCUGGCAUCCUGGGUUCAGGUUUUGCUCUGAAAGUGCAGGAGCAGCACCGGCAGAAACACUUUGAGAAGAGGAGGACUCCCGCUGCCAACCUCAUACAGGCUGCAUGGCGUCUCUACUCUACAGAUGCUCAGCACUCAUAUCUCACAGCCACCUGGUAUUUCUAUGACAGUAUGCUGCCGUCCUUCAGAGAACUGACAUUACUGUUCAGUCACCUCCAACGGCAGCGUAGCACCAAGAAGGUUCUUCACAACUCCUACCACACCUUGCUGUCGGGGCUCCGGCCGUAUAGCUCCCCCUACCUGUCCGGGGACAGUGGGAAGAUGGGCUUCCGUGACCGCAUUAGGAUGAAUAAUUCACGGUCCUCUCAGGCUAUCCGGAGCAAGGCUUCUCCUUUACCCCCAGGUAAUGUUCGGCAGUCCCCCAGCACGGAGAACUAUCCUGAAGCCACCAGCCCCGGCAAGGUCCAGAAGAGUUGGAGCUUCAAUGAUCGGACUCGAUUCCGUACCUCUCUCCGCCUAAAACCACGCCCCGCUGCAGAUGUGGAGGGAGUAGGAGAGGAGCACACAGAGGACAAAUCUUACUGUGAUGUUGCCAUGGAGGAAGUGAUACCAGCAGUAAAGACCCUAAUUCGUGCUGUUAGGAUUCUUAAAUUCCUGGUGGCCAAGAGGAAGUUCAAAGAAACCCUGCGGCCAUACGAUGUGAAAGAUGUGAUUGAGCAAUAUUCAGCUGGACACCUCGAUAUGCUGGGCAGAAUCAAAAGCCUGCAGACAAGGGUGGAUCAAAUCAUAGGCCGAGGUACUAUUCCAUCAGAUAAAAAAGUGAGGUCUGAAAAAGGGGAGAAAACUCCUCCUGAACUGGAACAGAUGGACGAAUUAAGCAUGAUGGGUCGCGUGGUGAAAGUGGAGAAGCAGGUGCAGUCAAUCGAAAACAAGCUGGACCUGAUCCUAAACUUCUACUCCCAGUGCCUGAAAAAGGGCUCGUCCCACUUCACCCUGUCAUCCCUGCUGGAACCCGACUUGACCUCUGACUACCACAGUCCCACCGAUCAACGUGACAUGUUCCCCUCCGCAAACACCCUUAAUAUCUCCCACUCAGACAGUGGCAACAUGGAAUGACCCCAGAGACACCCGGCAGCAGUCCCGCUCUGACUGUCGCAUCAGGGCAACUCUCCAAAGGCUAAAUACCUCCCUAAAUUAACCUAGCACAGUUCCUCUAAACAACUGCUGUAUCCUUGCAUGGGUUCAUCCUUUGCACAGAGGAUGGUGGCUUCUGGCCAACCUUUCUAGACUUUGCCUUGCAAACUAUGCCCUGAUAUUUCGCAAUGUCCAGUUUUUAUUUGUAACAGUCUUUCUUCUUUUUACUUUAUUUCAGCUGAUUCAGGAAAGUUUUAGAGAAAUAUUCUUACAUGGAUGAAGAUAUUAUUGAGGUUUUGUUGAACAUUUGGACUUCUUCCAGUAGAUGGCUGGAAGUUUUAUCUGAAGUGGUCUUUAACCGUCACUUUUUAUCAGUCUUCCAAAACAUGUGGGGAUGAAUCUCUUGACUGCAUACAAAACUGUCCCCUUUACAUUUCAUUGAUGCUAUUUCUUUCUGGAAGUCUCUGUGCCAAUAUCGUUUGUUGGUUUUGUUGAGUUUUUGAUAACCAAUAGGCCUGCAGAGCAAUUCUAUUUUUCUGUCUGUCUUUUUUUCUAUGAAAUCAGGGCAUUUUGAACUGAAUUUGAAUUUUGGACUCUCCUUCUCGGCCUUGGCCUUACACUUUGGCCUGAUGCAAUAGACUCCUUGUGCCACCAGAAGUCGCUGAGCUUCUAAUGAAUGUACUGCAUCCAGUACUUUUCCUUUAUUUAUCACUUACAUGUCCUUUGAGAAAACGGCAUCACCGAUUGCUAUAAAGAGCAGCAUGAUAGACUGAUGGACAGUAUUUCCACCAAAGCAUCUUCUGUCAUUUUGUUCUUGCAUAGUUUCUCUUGCCACUUCAGGAAGGAAGGAACUUCAAAAUGUGAGACCCUCAGGUUUCCUUCUCACAUCUCUUUGGCUUAUUGGGUCCCUCUCUUCUGCGAUAGCACCCUGCCACUGCAUCAUCUCUCAGAAGCCCACCGUGCAAAAAAUAAGAAAAUCAAAUAAAUAAAUAAACAUAUUCUUUGAUGAAAUAGCCAGCA